AAUACAAAAAUUGUAAUGUGUAUGUUGCAAAUUUAUGGCAGUACACACGGUACAAACUUCGCAAAGGGUUAAGGUUUGCUGAAAGAACUUCUUUGAAAUGAAAGUUGCCCAUUCGCUGGCUCCCUCGCACCCGCACGCUCUUAUCAGACACAACCAACUACUUGACCCAAGGAGACCCAACCAGAACAACAACAACUGCAGUGGCAGCCCCAACAACAACGCAACUACAGCACAACAGCAUCCGCAGAUUGCAAAGAGGAAUUCUGCGCAAGUGCAGCAGGUUCGCUCUCUUGAGAGAGAGAGAGCGCGCGGCGGCUGCGCUCCCCAAAGAGAGCAGCCAAGCGGCAGAGAGAGAGAGUGGGAGAGAGCAAAAGCUCCCCGCUUUGGGGAGCAGUUUCGUAUCGCACCGCUGAAUUUCGCAUCGGCACUCGCGUUCACGUUCACGUUCACGUCUGAGUUCGAAAAGAGGAGCCGAAGAGAGGAGAACGACCGCGAGGCGCAACGGAACACAAAAGGCGCCCAAAAAACAAAAGAAUCCGAUCCGAAACAGUUCGCAAACAAACCAAAUUGCAGCGAAAUAAAUAAAUAAAUAAGCUCGGGAUAUCAGAUGUCGGGCAAAGAUAAAAAUACGCACUUAUGAAAAUAUAAAUAUCAAUAUCAAUGCAAGCUGCAGUCGCAAAGUGCACAACGCAGUGGACACCACUUGAAGAAAGCACCCUUUCACAAAUAAAGAACAUACAUAUGUACAUAUAUUUUUGUGGACACAAAAAGAAAAACGCGAACUAAAUACAUAAACCAGUCACGGAAGACAUUGCUAAAUAAAUAAAAACUCCAAGUAAAUAUUUUGCAAUGUGUUCCGUUCUGCAAGCAAGUGAAUGCCAGCAGUAAAAAUAAAUAAAUUAUCCCAUUAUUAAACCAAUCCUCUUGCAGAGUGAUGUGAUGUCAUAAUAAAACUUUGCCCUUAUCGACAAUAUAAAAAAAGUGCAAAAACGAUAUCAGCGAAAAAGCGAGGUAAAAGUUAAUAAAUACCUGCCAACCAAAUCGAAUUGCAAUUAGUGAUAACAAAGCAAGCAUGACGGACUACACGGAUUACGUGGAAACCGCCUGGAAGUAUGCGGAAUGGCUACCUUACCUCCUCGUCUCCUACGUGGUAGUCACCCUGCUCCCCAAGUCCCUCAUCCGGAUGAAACGCUUCGCGGACGCGGACUACGAGGCAAACAGGAACAUGUUCCACCGCUGCUACGGCCCAGAGCUGUGCUGCCAUGUCCUGGCCCAGGAGCAGGUCGCCGGAAAGGUGAAACCCAAGGCCAGGAAGCCCGUGACCCGGGUCUAUCCCAAGCGUCAGCAGGCGGCGCCCAAAGCGGAGCUGCCGCCUCCAAGUCCAGCGCCCGUGAAGCGGAGCAACGUCACCAAGAUAGCCAGGAUGUUUGAGACGGGCACCACGCGCCAGGUGAGCCGGGUGGCACCCAUAACGCUGCCCGAGAUCAGGAUGUUCGGAGCGAGCGAUGAGUCCAGGGACUCCACGCCCUGCGCCUCGCGGAAAACUAGCAUCGCCAGCCAGCUCUCCGCUCAGCUGCAGCACAUCGAGCAGGCGAUGCACCUGUGGCAGGAACUGGAUGAGGAGCCCGCCAAGAAGUCCUCCGGCCACAGCGACUGGGAGCCCAUGGCAGUGCCGGUUUCAAGACGUACCCGUGGUACCUCUGCCACGCCCUCCACCGCCUCCCCGCUCUCCAGUUCCCCGGAACCGGAGCACUCCCGCUCUCCGGUUCUCCUAAGGAAGCCGCCUUCCCUGUGCCUGCAGACCAGCAUGGAGGACAUUUUCCAAGUGAUCGCCCGGAGUGCCGAGGAGCCGGAAGACUGUCCGGAUUGCCAGUGCCUCUCGCCGGUGACCAGUAUCGAUGAUAUUCUCUCCGAACGGAGGUUCUCACGCCCCCUCUCCGCCUACUCCAUCACCGAUCUCCUCAACGAAGAGCAGGCCUCCUGUAUCGAGGAGACCACGUACAUCAACGAAACCAGAUGAAACCAGAUGAGGAGCACAUAGGGAUUGAAGGAUCGUUUUAUAGUGCCAUCCCCCAGGGUCAGAUGGAACCACCAGGUGAACUCCCAUCUCAUCCAGGCAUUUGUCCAGGGCACAAAGCCACCGGACACCUUGCCAAGUCCCAAUUUCACAGGAAACCGCCUGCAUUUUGUUUGUUUAAUCGCUGGAAACUUAAGCAAAUCAAAGUAUAGACUUUCCAACUCAGAUCGCAAUUGGCAGUGGCAGUCGAAGCCUGUACUUAGUAAUCCCAACCAAUUGUAUAAACGUUUGUUAUGUCCACAACCCGAAUUGUAAUUGCGAAGCAUCUCAUUCACAGAGAACUGUACUGCUAAACUAAUAUGCUGAUUGUACGUAUUAACUUAUGAAUAAACAUGAAUUUGUAUGGUAGUAUUACUUAUCGUUAAAUGUACUAUAUGCUAGAAGUGCGAACUGUAUCAAAUGCAACACACAUCUUAAUAUAUUCUUAAUAAAGUGAAAACACUGUAUAUUAUCGUAUGCACAGCUGCUAGAGCAUUGGAACAAUUUUAGAUGUACGUUGACUAUAUAUUUCUUGCACCUUUAGCCCGGCACAGCUGCCAGCUAAUUUGUUUCUCAGUUUGGCAAGUCUUCCGACCAUCCAAGCGUGUCUUGGCCCAAACACAAUUUGUCAAAUAAAUUGACGCAAAUCAAAA